UCGGCUGCAGGCACAUCAUCUCGGCUGCAGGCACAUCAUCUCGGCUGCAGGCACAUCAUCUCGGCUGCAGGCACAUCAUCUCGGCUGCAGGCACAUCAUCUCGGCUGCAGGCACAUCAUCUCGGCUGGCUCGCGGCAGCGCCUCCGGGAACCCCCGCCUGGGAAACGGGGCCGAGCUCGGCACAGCCCCCAAAGCUGCGGAGCUGAAACACAACCUGGCGAGCCAGUCACGUUAGGGCUGACAUUGUGAGAUAAACAGCCCUUGAUGAGCGCGGUGGGAUGUUUAAUGAGAGGCUGCUCAGCCCCCCCCUGUGCCCCCCACCACCUCCCGGAAUCGCUCGGCUCUACGGCCAGGGAAGGGGAGAGGCAGCGAGGCAGCGUAAUUUGUAUUCCAGCUCUGCUGCUGCUCCUGGUGCUUCCAAGAAGCAAAUAAGCCCGAAGCUGUAGCAAACCCAGCCUUUCCUAAAACUGGUGGAACACUGCUAGGCUGUUUAUCAGGCUGGGAGACACAAAGGGGAUUUCACAUUAAAAGGAGUUUCAAAGCACCAGGGCUUACCUCUGUCUUGAAAACGUGUGGAUCUGUACCAAGCUAUGGAUCGUGCAGCCGCAUGGAUCCUGUAAAUACGCAGUGUCUGGCCACGUGGGACAUAUUCAUCCUCAGUUGUAACCGAAGUCAAGACAGACAUUUACGUGACGAGUUUCGGCCCUGUCUCGGACACAGACAUGGAAUACACCAUUGAUGUCUUUUUCCGGCAAUCCUGGAGAGAUGAAAGGCUGAAGUUUGAUGGCCCCAUGAAAAUACUCCCCCUCAACAACCUGCUGGCCAGCAAGAUCUGGACUCCUGACACCUUCUUCCACAACGGGAAGAAAUCUGUGGCCCACAACAUGACCACCCCCAACAAGCUGCUGCGCCUGGUGGACAACGGCACUCUGCUGUACACCAUGAGGCUCACCAUUCACGCCGAGUGCCCCAUGCACCUCGAGGACUUCCCGAUGGACGUGCACGCUUGCCCACUGAAAUUCGGGAGCUAUGCCUACACAAAGACGGAGGUGAUCUACACCUGGACGCUGGGGAAGGAUAAAUCAGUGGAAGUGGCCAAGGGUGGGUCCCGCCUGAACCAGUACGACCUGCUGGGCCACGUCGUGGGCACGGAGAUGGUGCGGUCCAGCACAGGGGAGUACGUCGUCAUGACCACACACUUCCACCUCAAGAGGAAGAUCGGGUACUUUGUGAUCCAGACCUACCUGCCCUGCAUUAUGACCGUCAUCCUGUCCCAGGUCUCCUUCUGGCUUAACAGGGAAUCAGUUCCUGCCCGGACGGUUUUCGGUGUCACCACCGUGCUCACCAUGACCACACUAAGCAUCAGCGCAAGAAACUCGUUACCCAAAGUGGCGUACGCGACGGCCAUGGACUGGUUCAUAGCCGUCUGUUAUGCCUUUGUGUUUUCUGCGCUGAUCGAAUUCGCCACCGUCAACUACUUCACCAAGCGCAGCUGGGCUUGGGACGGCAAGAAGGUGCUGGAGGCCCAAGAGAUGAAGAAAAAAGAGCCGGUGGCGCUGGCCAAGAAAACCAACAACACCUACAACAUCGUUGGCACCACCUACGCCCUCAACAUCGCCAAGGACCCCGGCCUGCCCACCAUCUCCAAGAGUGCUGCUGCCACCGCUGCUGCCACCAGCGUGCCCCCCAAGAUGCCCCGCCUGGAGGAGAAGCUCCCGGAGAGCAAGAAGACGUACAACAGCGUCAGCAAGGUAGACAAGAUGUCCCGCAUCGUCUUUCCAGUCCUCUUUGCCAUUUUCAACUUAGUCUACUGGGCCACCUACGUAAACCGGGAGUCAGCUAUCAAGGGAAUGAUCCCCAAACAAUAAAAACCAGUCACACAAACCUUCCAUCAGUGAGCAUCAUCCAAGCAGGAAUUCUCCAGGGCUUUCUUCUUUUCUUGUUUUGUUUUAAUUUUUAUUGUUCAUUUCGUAUUAUUAUUAUUAUUAUUAUUCCUAUUACAUCACUCUUUUAUAAUGUAAACAAAACUGUGAUUUUAAUUUAAUCCCUAUAUGCUUUAGUUUGGUUUACUUUGCCUCUGGUGAUGAGAGUUUAAAAAAAAAAAAACCAACACAAAGGGAUCAUAACAAGUUGUGCCUCUAACAUCGUAAGUCUGCUGUCCCCCAUGUGAACCAAGUCACCCUGUGCUUCCAUCUCUCCUCUGCCACCUCCUGUGGUCCCCACAGUCUUCAUGCCACUGCCAUUCCACACUUCACUGCUGUCCCCAGGGGCUGCUGCUCUGGGCCACCCCAACCCUCUCCUCUUCUGCCAUGGACUGCCCUAGCAUGGGGAUGCUCCUGGUGGCCUGGGCUCCAGGGUGUGUCAGUCACUUGGCUGGGCUCCUUUCAGUGCCUGGCAUUUUGUGCCAGGUGACACACCUGGGCUGGGAAUGCAGGUGAGCUGGUCAGCUGUGGGACCAGGGGAGCCCUGGGACAUGAGGGAGAGGCAGGGCAUGGGCCAGCUUGUCGCCCAGUGCCUGCUGGGGGCAAACCUAGGGACUGCUGCGGUCCCUGGAGCCAUUGCAAGGGUGGAAGAGGGUGGCAGCAUCUUGUAGGUGGUGGACAGGACUUGUUCCUCUCUCUCAUCACCAAACCCAGCUGCUGGUUUCCUCCAAGUGUCUCUCCAGACAACAACAGGUGAGAAAGGUCUUGUCUGUCUGCCAUCCUGCACUCCUGGGGCAAUUCAGGUUAGCAGGUGGUGUGGUUCCUACCAGAGAAAUAAUUUUUCUCAGGGUGAGUCAAGACAGGAGCUUUACAAAGCCUCUGUAGUAGCUUUACAAAGCCGUAGUAGCUGUGGGGCUGCAUGAGUUCAGCAUCAGGACUGGAAACCACAGACUUCACAUUCUGGUUUAUCACUUUCUCUUGGCCCCAUCCGCUUGUCCUUCUUGGCAUCUCCUCUGUGUCCCAGCCCCUUCUUCCAGCUUCCCAUUCAUCUUCCUUUGGCUAUUCAGCAGUCCUCAGAAGUGUCUCCCUGCUCACACAUGGAUUUAGGCAGAGAAGCCCCUGCCUCUCAGGUAAGGCACACUGAUGGGGGGAGCACAGCCUGGGGCAGGGCAGCUCGUGGUGCAGCCCUGCCCCAGUGCAGCAGCGUGGCAGCGAUGCUGGGUCACACCUGCUCAGGUGCAGGGGCCCUGUGGGACCCACCACGGGCCAUCCUGCCACCUGUGGGGGUGAGACAGGGGGCAGGUGAUCCCCAAGAGUCUCCCUGCCCCUGUGAGCUGGUGCACCUGAGGAUCCUCAGCACCCUGAGAGAAGAGCAGAAGGGGCUCUUGGAAAGAGCAGGGUGGUAACUGCUGUCCCUCAGAGCCACCUGAGCCAGGUGCCAUCCCACAGAGCCACUGAGGGAAGACCCAACUCCAACACCUGCACACUCCUGCAGGGAAAGCCCUCCAGUGCCUUGGAGAGAGGCUUUUUCUCCCUUUUUUGGGCACAUGCAGCCAGGCCAAAGCCCCAGCACCCCCAAGGUGAUGCCUGCAGCGCUGCUUUGAGCCGCUGUGCCGGGCUCAGUUUCCCUCCUGUCUGUGCAGGAGCGGGGCUGAGCACAAGGCACAGGAUUUUUCCCACCUGGAAUAUCCAUGGAGACGGCAGGAUGGAGCGAGGAAGGCCAGGGCGCUUUGUCCUGCAGUGUGAGUGGCACUGGUGCACGUCCUGCCUGUCCUUUACCAAUCCCACUGGCUCAACAGCAAUGCAGUCACUCCCCCUGCCCACAGCUGCAAUUUGGAGAGGAGCUUGGAGAUUUUUAGCCCAGCCCCUGGUGUGGUGGGUCCACAAGCACCCCCACACCAUCCAGCAGCAUCGGGCAAGGGGCAUCAGCCCCCCCCCCAGGCUCAUGCUAAGGAGACCAGCUCUCUCCCCGUCGUCCCUCACAGCACCCACACCCCAAGCCAUGACAUUUUGACAGUGCCUUUCAUCCCCAAGGGCUCCCCACUGGGUGGGGAGGCCCAGGAGCUCUCCCCAUUUGCACAGGGCGUCAGAGAGGAGCAGAGGGAGGGUGCGGUGUCCCCAGCCCUUCUGCCAGGCAGGGAGGACAUCCUGGCUUCCUUGGCACCUGGGGCACCCGGUUCCUCCUGGCAGGGUCCUCCUGCACCGCUGCAGCCACCCCCCUGCCACAGCCUCACCCCUGGGUGCCUCGUGCUCCCUCCCCACCAGCAGUGCCCCCCCUGCCACUGCUGCCACCCUUCUGCUCCCCAGUGGGAAGGGCUGUGCUGGUUGUUUUGGGGGUGUUUUCUCAAGUGGGCUAGCUGAGGUGCACCUCAUAAAACAUCCGUGGGGCUGUCACACUCAGGCCUAAUUGGACAGAACAGGAACCCCACUCCACAAAAAGCAAAGCAAACACAAUAAAAUGGUCACCAGAAGUAUGUUGUGUUUACUAACAGAAUUACGUCAAAUAUGGGAUCCGGUAGCUUAAUUGACUUCAGCCGGCCCUGGGGAAGGGGUGGCCUCCUCUGCUAACCUAGGCAUUCCCAAAAAUCCCUUCCACCCCGAGAGCCACAUCCUAGCUCGUGUUGCCUCGCUGUCUGUUGGUGCCUGCUUUGCAGAGCUCUCCAUAAACUGUCAGGUCUUGCCAUCGGCUUCUCAGCAGCCCAAGCCCCCACAGCGCUGCCUUUGCCGCCUGCCCAGGGCCACGCGGGCUCAGGGCCACGGGGUGAUGCUCAGGGUGUCAGGGCUGGGUCUCUUGGCAGUGCUGGACACAGAACUGGGGCAGCACCUGAGCCUCCUCCCUCGCUGUGGGUGAUCUGAUCUGUCUCACUGAACUGUCAGGGUGAUUCUCCUGCCUGUCUCUUCCCUCCCUGCGAUGCCGAGACUCGUGUCCCUCCCCAGGGCACUGCCCACCCCUCUGGCUUACCCGUGACACCCGUCUGCUGGCUCAUCCUUGCUCUUCCUGACUCCCAAAGCUGUGCUCUCUGCCUGAUAAAAGGCCACCCUCCUGUGUCUGUGUGAGCACGCCUUGAAAGCCAAGCCUGUUCCCAACCAAAGCCUGGCGUGGGCUCCCAGUCUCUCUGCCAGCUGGAAGCAGAAAUACCGGCAUCCUUUGGUUAAAGACAACAAACCAAACAGGAUUUCUAGCUUGGCUUCCGAGCAGGAAAGCAUUUCGGGAAGAUAGUUAUAAAUAAGUGGUUUAACAUCUCCUGCCAGCAGACAUCACAGAGGAGAUAAUGUUCUUUUUUUAUAAAACUGUCAGCAACUCAAAUUGGGACGUUUCCUUCCCAGUUAACACGAGGCUGUUGAUGGGGGCUUCUGCUAAGUGCUUGCCAGGCCAGAGCUAAUCUAGCAUCACUUACUGGGGUUUGCUGCUUGCUGUGAUAGCAUCUAAGGGCUCCAUUUUUAUAGUUGAUCCUGUAUAGAAAUACGUGUACAUGACCACAGCUGUGCACAGAGUGGGCACAUCAUUUUGCUGUGAACCUCAAUACUCCAGUAUUUCAUUUCUUCUGGCAAGACCCAAAGCUUCCCUGACUCGAUGAGAGUCUCCCAGGCAGGAAUUAGAAGUCUUUGAGGGUCAUAAAAAUGAUCUGUUCAGUCUGGGCUCCUGUUUUGCAGCCUGCACCACCUGGGAAACACACAGGGCAGUGCAAGCCUGCAGUUGCAUUCCUGCUGGAAAUGUCAGUGGGACAUUUUGGCACUGGCAGCUCUUCCCUCCUCUGAAGCUGCACGUGGGCACAGCAGUGUGGCUGUGAGGAACUCAGAGCCCCAGGGAGGUGGGGGCAGUUCAUCUGGGAUCCCCUCAGUGGGCAGGAGUUGCUGCCAGCUCUGUUAGCAUGGAGAGCAUGGAUGAUGUGAGAGGGCUGGGGAAAAGGUGGUCCCUCAGUGCCACCCAUUCUUCUGUGGGGCUGAUGAAGUUACCCCCAUAGAACGUCUCAGAAGCUUCUGGAACGUCCCCCAGCAGGACAGUGGCACUCAAGGCAUUAACCCACCCCAUCAGAUAUCUGUGUGGAUCUUGCAGACUGGAGAGAAACAACAUUUCCAUGAGUCCUGCUGGGGGUGGGGAGGGCUUAACCAGGGCGAAGAGCUCAUUCAUGGAAACGUAAAUGCUCUAUUAAUAUCAAAGUAGGGAGAAAAAAAAUCCAAACAAUUCACCAAUCCUCUCUCCCCAUCAAGCUAAACUACUUCUGAAGGUCUUUCUGGCAAGAAGCCACAGCACAGAUGAGAUUGAUGGCUUCCAGGUAUAAAUAUUUACUGUUUGACCUUGUUAUUGUUCCAUCAGCCAAAGGUUUUUACAUAUAUAUGAGCCUGUGUAUAUUUAUGCUCCCAAACUCUUUAUGUAUAAACAUCAAACCUCCUUGUCUUUGAAAGAUAAAAUGGCCACUUUCAAUUUUUUUACUUCCCUCUCAUUCCCUUUGCUUAAUCUUCUAGAAUGAGGUGCAUCCCUCUCUGCUGGGCCUCAGGUGGCUUUGGGAGGCAGAACAAAGGGAGUAAGGGAGAAGAGCCUCUCCCUGCUUUGGGGGCUCAGUGCAGGCUUGCUGCCUGGACCAAGGGCACUGCUGGCAGUGCUGCCCAGCACCUGCAUGGAAAACUUAGUCCCUGAGGUCACAGCUGCUCCAACACAGGCCUUGUCCUGCCCUGGACACCAGGAUGUUCCCAAGGUGGCUUUUCAACAGCUGAAUGCUACAAGCAGUUAGUGCUCACCCCAUAGCACCUUCAGGGAAUGUGCAGCCAAGCAUUGAGAACACGUGUGAGGUCUCCACCAUCAGCCUGCUUCAGGAAGGGGCACAAAACCUGGUGGGAUCCACCCCAGCUGUCCCUGGCCAGAGGAACACCAAAGGAAGAGGCUGCACUUCAUCUCUUCUGCAGAGCACAGGCAAGUGCUGGCGCUUGGCCACUGCUUGCUGCUCAUCCAGGUGGGAUGGGCUGAUGCCUGGACAUGUGCUGAUGGUGGGAGGGGUCAGUAGAAGCCCAGGCCUUUGCUUCUGCUGUGUCUGUACCUGAUCUCAGCACAAGCAGGGCCACGGGCAGGUGCUGGGCAGCCCCCAAGCACUGGGCCAUGGUGAGCGAGCAGCCCCUGGCAGUGGUACCCAUUGUCUGCUCCCUUCAUGUCACCCCUGCCUCACACCUUGCUUAGAGGAAACAUUAGGCAGUGAUGCUGCACUGGUGGCUCCUCUCUCCCCUCCCUGCUGCUGGAGAGAGGCUGUCGUGGUCAGCCUGUGCCUUGUGGUGUCCCAGCCGGGAGAAUGAAGGAUGGCACCACCCACAGCUGCUUCUCGCUCUGGGUCCAUGCCUGCCUCCCACCCCUGGAGUCUGUGCUGCUUUAGCCAGCAGAGAGCCUUAGGCUUGGAUUAGUCCCAGCACUGGACCUGUCAUCCUUCACCACCAACCAGCAUUUAUGCUGGUUUUCGCUCAUGAAGCUUUAGGACAAAACAUGAUGUUCUGGCUGCUCUGUCCUAUUCCCACUGUCCCAGUGCAGAUCCCUUCUGCACAAAACUUCAACAAUCCCAUCUGCCUAGAGGGGGAAGCCUGGUCCCAGGUUUGCUGCGUGAGCCAGGAUGCUCCCACAGUCUUUGAAGGCUCUUGGCUCUUCUCUUCAGUGUUGCUUGAAGGACCUGUCAGCUUGAUGAGACCAUUGGCUCGUGUUACACUGCUAGCAGCACUCUGUUUCCCCUGAAAAGUCUGUCUAUACCUCCUGUCUUUUUGUAGGGCACCCAGCAAAUGUAACAGCAAUCAUAUAUUGAACCACUUGAUUUUGGCAACCACAAAAAGUAGGGGCAGAGUUGGGAAACCUGAGUCACUGCCACACUGCCUUUGCCAGGCUGCAUUUAGGGUGGAAGGGCUCCUCCCCACUGCCACGAGGGAGUUUCUCAGCCCACCCAACCUAGUCAGGUGGCCACAAGUAUCCCUUCAUCAGCUAGAUUUUUCACUGUCAACUGACCUGGGGGUAGCUGCAGGCAAAUGUCCUCUCCGAAGGUGAGGCCACCAGCUGCUCCUGUAGCUGCAGCCCUGGUGCCCAGGGUGUGGGAAGUGGCAUUAGCACCAUGCUAGGGCAGCCCAUCCUGGGAAGGAGCUCACCCCAGCAACUCACAGAGAACACUCCCAUUUCCACUGCCUCUGGUUCAGCCUGUGCCCCAGAACAUCCUCUGCUUUGUUUUCCAUCUUGUGAGACUCUCUUUACUCCACUAUGAGAAAGGAUCUAGCUAGCAGCAGUUUAAUGCAUGACAAUCCUGUUAUUACAUCUGUAAAUAAUUAACAACUAGGGGGAAAAAAAAAAAAAGGCAUUUUUAAAAUUUUUUGUUGACUUUAUUUUCAUUAUUGACUAGCUGGUAGCCACUUUCUUAAGGGAUUUCUCAUGGAAACUGUGACCUUUCUUCUCUCUAUUUCUCUCUCUUUCUUUCUGAGAUUUGUGUUUCAGAUGCUUUUUGGUGCAAUGUUCAAUGCCUGUUUGUAUUUUUGAACCGUAUUUUUCAACCUUUGCUGGAAAGAAAAAAAAAUAAAAAUUGCCCAUUCUAAUUGGCAGGAUUUUGAGUCCUGCCACUUUUUUCAGCUUUUAGCUUUUUCACUAAGUUAAAGCAACAGAAAAAUGCCUCAAAAAAUUACAGUGAAGUUCUGAAGAGAGAUUAGAAAAACAUCAGAAACAAGAACUACAUGACAAAGAUCAGCAAGCUGAGUGGAGGAGGAGGACUCUUCUGACACCUGCUAACCUCCUGAUCUAACACACAGGGUGGGACUAGACCUCUUCACUGAAUUAAAUCACUCCGCUUUUCCACUCUACCCACUCUCUCGAACUCCAAUCAAAACAAAUAAAAAUUCAUAUUUUAAAAGAAAAAAAA